CACUGUAUUGUCAGCUUGUUUUUGACGAGUCAUUUGCUUUUCUCGUCUCAAUUUUUUGUAAUAUCAGCAGCUAAGCGGCAUUAAAACAAUAAAACUUGCCUUCGCUGCACUUGCAUUAAUAAUAUUAAUAUAAGAUUAUGGAUGUACCGAUGCCUGAAAAAGAUGAGCUCGAACUGAAGCUGAAGGACGCACACAGCUCCCUCGAUGAAUUGGACAUGGAUGAUUUGUAUGUGCGCUACAAGAAAUUGCAAAAGACACUGGAAUUCAUUGAGGUACAGGAGGAGUACAUUAAGGAUGAGCAGCGCAAUUUGAAGAAGGAGUAUCUGCAUGCACAGGAGGAAGUGAAGCGUAUACAAUCGGUGCCGCUGGUGAUUGGCCAAUUCCUGGAGGCUGUUGAUCAGAAUACGGGCAUUGUUGGCUCCACAACCGGUUCCAAUUACUAUGUACGCAUCUUGUCCACCAUUGAUCGUGAGCUGCUUAAACCAUCCGCAUCGGUGGCACUGCACAAGCAUAGCAAUGCAUUGGUCGAUGUAUUACCACCAGAGGCGGAUAGCUCCAUAUCGAUGCUGCAACCGGAUGAGAAACCAGACGUUAGCUAUGCGGACAUUGGUGGCAUGGACAUGCAAAAGCAAGAGAUACGUGAAGCCGUCGAGCUGCCCCUGACACACUUUGAGCUCUACAAACAGAUUGGCAUUGAUCCCCCGCGCGGUGUCCUCAUGUACGGCCCGCCCGGUUGUGGCAAAACGAUGCUGGCCAAGGCUGUUGCACAUCAUACGACGGCAGCGUUUAUACGUGUCGUCGGCUCCGAGUUUGUGCAGAAAUAUUUGGGCGAGGGACCGCGCAUGGUGCGCGAUGUCUUCCGCCUGGCCAAGGAGAAUGCGCCCGCAAUCAUUUUUAUCGAUGAAAUCGAUGCGAUCGCCACCAAACGUUUCGAUGCCCAAACUGGCGCCGAUCGUGAAGUGCAGCGCAUUCUGCUCGAACUGCUCAACCAGAUGGAUGGCUUCGAUCAGACGACCAAUGUGAAGGUGAUCAUGGCGACCAAUCGUGCCGAUACACUAGAUCCGGCACUGUUGCGUCCCGGUCGUUUAGAUCGUAAAAUUGAGUUCCCGCUGCCCGAUCGGCGCCAGAAGCGUUUGGUCUUCUCAACGAUCACAUCAAAGAUGAACCUCAGCGAGGAUGUUGACCUGGAGGAGUUUGUAGCACGGCCCGAUAAAAUUUCUGGUGCUGAUAUAAAUGCCAUCUGCCAGGAGGCUGGCAUGCAUGCGGUGCGUGAGAAUCGGUAUAUUGUCCUUGCCAAGGACUUUGAGAAGGGCUACAAGAACAAUAUCAAGAAGGACGAACAGGAGCACGAGUUCUACAAAUAAGCACUUAGCUAUCAAUAAUCUUAAUUAUUUCAUUUCUCGUCUGUAAACCAACCAAUCUACAAAUUAAUACACACCGCAAACAUAAUAUAUAUAUAUAUUAAAAUUCUUUA